GAAGCGUCACAGAAGUAUAUCCAUGGGAAUCUUACAACUGUUCUCCUUGCCAAUUGAUUAUGGGAAUAUUUACAACGCGACCUAUAUAAACACCGAUUUUAAUCAGACACCUACUUACUUUUCAUGAUCUCAGAUUUGCAAACUUAAUUAUGAUCAUGUAUAACUUUUUCUGUUUGUAUUUAUUUGCAAUUGCAGCAAAUGCAGCAGAUCUCUCACUCAAGCUUCCUCAGCAGGUGCAUAUAUCUCUGGUAGGAAGUGAGCACAUGAGGGUUUCGUGGAUUACAGAGGAUUUUGAUGCGCCCUCACUGGUGGAGUAUGGAACAUUUUCAGGGCAGUAUACUUCCUCUGCAACUGGUGAAAGCACUUCCUACUCUUACUUUUUAUAUAAAUCUGGCAAAAUUCAUCAUACUGUGAUUGGGCCUCUGGCAGCAAAUACAGUCUAUUAUUACCGUUGUGGCGGAAUCGGGGCCGAGUAUAAUUUCAAAACUCCUCCGUCAAACUUCCCCAUUUCUUUCGCAAUUGUAGGUGAUCUGGGACAAACAAAAUGGACAAAAUCCACCCUGGAGCAUGUUAGAAAGACGGAGCAUGACGUUUUCCUACUGCCAGGGGACCUUUCCUAUGCAGAUAAUCAUCAGCCUCUGUGGGACUCGUUCGGUGAGCUAGUAGAGCCUCACGCGAGCCGCAGGCCAUGGAUGAUUACGGAAGGAAACCAUGAGAUAGAGACGAUUCCAGUAAUAAUGAAGCAUGCAUUCAAAGCAUACAACGCCAGAUGGAGAAUGCCAUAUGAACAGAGCGGCUCAAGUUCGAAUCUCUACUACUCCUUUGAUGUCGCCGGAGUACACGUCCUAAUGCUGGGCUCCUACAUAGACUUUGUGAAGGAUUCAGAGCAGUAUAAAUGGCUCCAGGGAGACCUUGGAAGAGUGGAUAGAGGGAGAACAGCGUGGGUGAUUGCGCUGCUGCAUGCGCCAUGGUACAAUACAAACACUGCUCACCAGGGAGAAGGAGAAGAGAUGAGAAAAGCCAUGGAAGAACUUCUUUAUGCUGCCAACGUGGACAUAGUUCUCUCGGGUCAUAUUCACGCAUACGAACGCUUUACUCGCGUGUAUGACAACAAGGCGGAUGCGUGUGGGCCCAUUCACAUAACCAUUGGAGAUGGCGGCAACCGUGAAGGCCUUGCUUCAAAGUUUAUGAAACCAAAAUCUGAGUUGUCUUUAUUUAGAGAAGCAAGUUUUGGACAUGGGCAACUUCAAAUAUUUAAUACGACACAUGCAUAUUGGUCAUGGCAUCGUAAUCAAGAUGAGGACCUUGUUAUCUCAGACUCUGUUUGGAUUGAGAGUUUAGGCACUUCAACAAAUUGUCCAUGUAUGUCUCAACAAAUAUCAAUUGAUAUGGACCAUGAUAUCUCUCACAAUAAACAAUGUAGUGCCUUUAGAUACAUUUUUAACACUAACAACCACCAAACAUAGACAAUAAAUGAUGUCAUGUUUUUAUAUGCUAUCAAUAUGUGAAAGUUUCAUUCUUUUAGAUUAAUAACAUUGACUCCAGGGUAUAUAUCUUUCACAUUAUUUAGUUGUAUGAAAGAAGAGUUAUAUGUCUAUGACAUAUUGUAAACAAGUGAUGCA